AGCAUUUUCGGCUGAUGUUGCGUGCUGCUUGCGGCGGCUGUGGUGGGUGACAGGCGCAUGGAAGAGCAAGCCAAAGGCAUCGGGGGGGAAUCAAGCAGCACUUGCCACGGGCUUCUCCCUCGGAUCAUGGUGGGUCCCUGGACCAACUGCUGAAGGACAGAGCAUCUGUGACUGGGAUACUGCAUUAAUUCGGAAAAUACAGUUCUCCCAAAGGAGAUCCGGCUGGAGCAUCUUCAACACCACCAGGGUCCACGAUGUUCGGUUGGAUGGGAGGGGCCCUGAUGUGUGCCGUUUCUGGGCUGGUCCUCCUCAUUGUUGCCACAGCGACGGACUUUUGGAUGCAAUACCGAUACUCCGGCAGUCUCAGCAAUCAAGGGCUCUGGCGCUUCUGUGUGGGGAACAAAUGUCACCCGCACACCAUUACCCUCGCUUUCUGGGAUGCCACGAGAGCCUUCAUGCUCAUUUCCAUCCUCUCCUCCUUUGCUGGGAUCAUCCUGGAACUGAUGACCUACUCUGGCACCAACCGGUUCUCCCGCAGUCGCUCUGCAGGGGUCACUCUCUUGAUUGCAGGACUCUUCGCCUUGCUGGGCCUCUCCGUCUACACCGGCGUGACUGUGAAUUUCUAUGGCAAGCGUUACGCUGAUUGGCGUUUCUCCUGGUCGUACAUUCUGGGAUGGAUCGCGGUUCUCCUGACCUUCUCAGCAGCUCUGUUCCACUUCUGUGCUGUCCGUAGAAAUUUGUCUACUGGUGGAUCUGGCGGGACGAGUGGUUGACUCCCCUUUGUGGCACCCUCUUGGCUCAAGUCCAUCCCAGCCGGACUCCAACGAUCCCCCCCUUGUGCAGCCACGUGGCCCCCUCAUCUGUGUUCUUCCUCCUCUGCCAGGUGCCCCCAGUGGGCUGGCUAAUGCCGAGAGGCCACUAGGGCUAGUCCUUGACUUACGAACAGAAUUGAGCCCGUUGCUAAGUAAGCCUGUUGUGGUUUUUUUGCCUCAUUUUACGACCUUUCUUGCCACUGUUAAGUGAAUUACUGCAGUUGUUAAACGAAUCAUGCCAUUGUGAAGUGAAUCUGGGCUUCCCCAUCAACUUUACUUGUCACACAGGUCACAAAAGGGGAAUCCCCUGACCCCGGUGACACUUGCGUCCGUCGUAAAUAUGAGCUAGUUGCCAUGUGUCUGAAUCUUGAUCCUGUGACCAUAAGGAUGCUGCCAAUGGUCAUAAGUGUGAAAGUCACUUUUCUCAACUUUAAACGGUCACCAAGCAAACUGUUGUAAGUCGAGGACUACCAGUAGAAAGACUAAGGAAAUGCAACACAAUUUUUUCACUUUCACUUAAUGCACAAAAUCACAAUCUCCAGUCCACGAAGUACGAUGGUUAGGUUCACAUAGCAAUUCAGGCAGGGGGAAACAUCUGGAUUCACCCAUCUUCUGGGGCUGCUCAGCAGGUUGAACCAUGAAGGAAGAGACCGGGUGGGUGGUGCUCACAGAAGACCCACAAAAUGUUAACUCAGUUUAGAAUAUUGUAUCCACCGGAUGAAGUACGUUGUGAGAAUCCAACUGUGGGGCUGUGCCAAUUCCCUGCCCUUCCUCCUAAAACUCUCUGUUCUUUCGGUCACUCUCUUCCUCUUCCUUCUCCCUCACUCUGGAGAAGAUGCUUUGUGUGUGUAAUGACGGGAAGGCAAUAAAUGAGUUCGAUCCAGUAGAUCACAUUUGUGUGUGUCAGCAGUAUUUUUCCCUUUGCUUAAAAAGGGUGGCCAGAUGCAUAAGAGAGGAGAACGGUUGCAGGAGUUGGAUGUGUCUAGUCUAAUGAAAAGAAAGAGCAGGGGGGACAUGACAGCCAUGUUCCAGUAUUUGAGGGGCUGCUACAAAGAAAAAAAAAGGGGGAGGGUUGUCAACCUGUCUUCCAAAGCCCCUGAAGUCAGGAGAAGAAACAAUGGAGGGAAACUAAUCAAGGAGAGAAGCAACCUGGAAUUAAGGAGAAAUUUCUUGAUGGUGGAAACAGUUUCCCUCCAGAAGACCUCCAAGCUCCCCUCCAGCCCUAUGAUUCUAUGAUUGUGUGAGCUUGGGCAUAGGGGGAUGGAGCAGAAGACCUCCAAGCUGCCUUCCAGCCCUAUGAUUCUAUGACCUCCAAGGUCCCUUCAAGCCCUAUGAUUCUAUGACUUUGGGCAAGGGGAUGGAGUAGAAGACCUCCAAGCUCCCUUCCAGCCCUAUGAUUCUAUGAUUGUGUGAGCUUGGGCAUAGGGGGAUGGAGUAGAAGACCUCCAAGAUCCCUUCCAAACUUAUGAUUCUAUGAUUUUGGGCAGUGGGGGAAGUGGACUAGGAGACCAAUGAGCCCGCAAUGUGCGGCAGCAUCCAAAAAAGCGAAUACAAUCCUUGGUGGUAUAAACAGAGGCAUAGAAUCCAAAUCACAUGUGGUAAUGUGGUAAAGUAACAAAUAAAGUGGUAAAUAAAGUAAUAAAUAAAGUAAAAGCGGGUCCAGCUAGAUGAUCACUGAAGGACCCUCUUUGUUCAUAGUAUUGUAGAAGAGAAAUUGUGCUUGCAAAUGUAUCCAGUUGAAAUAAAAGGCAGACACAUUCCUUCUUUGAUGUAGAAUCAGCGAGGAGAGGCCCCUCAGUUGCCCCUCAGUUGCCCCUCAGUUGUCACAGAUAAAGACAGUCUGGUGAUUUACAUUUUUAAGGUCAGAGAGAGGAGAUGUCCAUAUUAUUGUUUCAACAAGAGAUAAUUUGAAUCUAUGCUUCAGUAACUUCUAAGAAGAAUUAUAACUGUUUGGCAAAGAUAGUAAUUAAGGUAUGUCAUUUUGUGUAACAAAUGUCUUGUGAUAAUAAGAAAAUGCUGAUUUCACAGAAUCCUUUGUUUGAAACUGUAUAAAUGCUUUGAGCUGAAAAUCAUAGGUUGUUCAGACCUCCUUUUUGGUAGCGAUACCAGGUUUGAUCCUUUAUUGCAAUAAAUAAAUAAACUGAUUCUGUCUGCCCUAAA